CCAGACUACAUGGCGCCACACCCAAGAAAAUUGCACUCGUCAUAAUCAUCUUGUUGAGAACGUCGAAAUCGUCAAGGGUCAAGGAACUCAGCGUGUAAUCUCGUGAAUAACUAUAGCCAUCUUGUCUACAAGGAAAAGAACUCCAUAUCGUUGGCGCAUGGGCGGGCUGUUUGUUCUCUCCUCAACUUCCUCGUCAGUUCUGGAUGCAACUCGGAGCGCUGUGCUUGGUGGCGGUGUGGGCCUGUGUUGCUGUUGCUUCUCCUGCCAUCAACGAAAUCCGGCAGCCCAACAGCCGCCCUGGUCGCUUCCUGUCCCUCCCUGUUCCUUCCAAAUGCAGUCAGAGACCGAAAGAGUUCUUCUAUCGUGGUCACAAUUACUUCUUCAGUGGCAACCAGCCUCAGUACCGGAACUCGCGGCUUGAUUGGUUGGAUGCACGAAAUGUAUGCCGAGAAUACUGUAUGGAUCUCGUGUCCAUGGAAGGGCAGGAGGAGAACAACAUUGUCUUCAGACUCAUCCAGCAAGGCGAUGUGCCCUACAUCUGGACGAGUGGUCGCCUCUGUGACUUCAAGGGAUGCGAGAACCGACGCGAUCUGGAACCAAAGAACAUCUAUGGCUGGUUCUGGUCAGCCACCCGCCAGAAGAUGGCUCCUACCAACCAGGUUCCCAACGGUUUCGGCUUCAAUCCCUGGAGCCAGACCGGCCACAAGAAGGUCCGUCAGCCCGACAACGCAGAGUUUGACAUCAACGGAACGAACGAGUCCUGUCUCGCCGUGCUUAACAACGUGUACAGCGACGGGAUCGCCUGGCACGACGUCGCGUGCUACCACGAGAAGCCCUUCAUCUGCGAGGACAGCGAUGAGCUCCUCAACUACGUGGCUGCCACCAACAGAGGGAUCAGACUCUAAUUACAUUCUCUUAACGUAUCAUAUCAUAUUUAUUGUCUGCAGAAAUUUCGGUUCAUUGCACAUAAAGCGGAGUACAUCUGGUACUUGUCGCUUUGUAAUACGUAUUCUUCAAAAUUGUAUCAUUUUAUUUAAGUAAUUAUCGUAGUUUUACUUUGGUACUUUCGUACCAAGCAAGAAUUAAUAAGUAACAACCACAAUAACAUGUAAAACUUACAAGUCAUCAAGUAUGUAUCAUGUUUUGUUUCUCUAAAGUCAAGAAACCUAAGUUAAUUUCAUCAUUAACCCUUAAAACCACGAUGUUUUCUGCACGAACAAAGUGUUUUAAUAUUUUAAAUAAACUCUGCACAUUUCCCCCCGCAGAGUAUUUAUGUGUUUCGUAUGAUUAUGACA